GAGAGGGCCGGGGCCUGGCGGCGCGGCCGGCCGAGGCCCGCGAUGGUGAUCUGCUGCGCGGCCGUGAACUGUUCCAACCGGCAGGGCAAGGGCGAGAAGCGCGCCGUCUCCUUCCACAGGUUUCCCCUAAAGGACUCCAAACGCUUGAUCCAGUGGUUGAAGGCCGUGCAGAGGGAGAACUGGACCCCCACCAAAUACUCAUUCCUCUGCAGUGAGCACUUCACCAAAGACAGCUUCUCCCGGAGGCUGGAGGACCAACAUCGCCUUCUCAAGCCCACUGCCGUGCCCUCCAUCUUCCACCUGGCCGACAAGAAAAGGGAACCCAGAGGCCAUGGCCGCACCAGGAGGAAGGAGGCUGGCAGGGCCAAGGGGAGCUUGAGCGGACACGUGGGCUCAGUGGCCAGUGAAGGCGCCACCACUGUCGCAGCAGAUUCUUCUGUCUCGAGGGACAACCCAAUGGCCAAGUCAGAGACCCGCAGGCUACGGCGAGCCACCCUGCAGGGCGAGGCCACUGGGCAGGAGGCGACACCGCAGCCUCUGGACAGAACUCCUGGAGCUGGACGGGCCGCCUCAGGAGGUGGCAGCCAGAGAGAAACGGAGGAGCUGGCCCCCGAGGCCUGUGCUGCCGGCCCUGGGCCUGGGGCGGACAGGAGUGGCAUCUCCGAGGAAGACUUCUCCCCUCCGGGCUCUGGGGCCUGCAGGUUCAUCGGUUCACUUCAUUCCUAUAGUUUCUCCUCCAGGCACACUCGAGAGCGGCCAUCUGUCCCACGAGAGCCCGUGGACCGCAAGAGGCCGAGGAGGGAGGUGGAGGCUAGCUGCAGUGGGAACAACCUGGGCCCUGACAGGGCUUUGGCACAGAAUCCCCCCAGCUCCACGCUCACGGCCACACCUCUGAAGCCAUCCUCGAGCCCCUCAGCCCCUCCAGCUGAUGUCCCCCCGAAGCCAGCUGCCGAGGCUGUGAAGAGCGAGCACAGUGACGCAAGCCCCAUGUCCAUCAACGAGGUCAUCUUGUCAGCCUCGGGGGCGUGCAGGCUCAUCGACUCCCUGCACUCCUACUGCUUCUCCUCUCGCCAAAGCAAGAGCCAGGUGUGCUGCCUGCGUGAGCAGGUGGAAAAGAAGAACGGCGAGCUCAAGAGCCUGCGCCAACGCGUCAGCCGCUCAGACAGCCAGGUGCGCCAGCUGCGGGAGAAACUGGAUGAGCUGCGCAGACUCAGCCUCCCCUACCUGAGCGGCCUGCCACCCCCUAGCCGCGAGCCUCCCAAGAUGAACCCAGUGGUGGAGCCACUGUCCUGGAUGCUGGGCACGUGGCUGUCGGACCCACCAGGGGCCGGGACCUUCCCGACACUGCAGCCUUUCCAGUACCUGGAGGAGGCACACAUCUCCCAUGUGGGCCAGCCCAUGCUGAACUUCUCGUUCAACUCCUUCCACCCAGACACGCACAAGCCAAUGCACAGGGAGUGUGGUUUCAUCCGCCUCAAGCCCGACACCAACAAGGUGGCCUUCAUCAGUGCACAGAACACAGGCAUCGUGGAGGUGGAGGAGGGCGAGGUGAAUGGGCAGGAGCUGUGCAUCGCAUCCCACUCCAUUGCCAGGAUCUCCUUUGCAAAGGAUCCACAGGUGGAGCAGAUUACCCGGAAAUUCAGGCUGAAUUCUGAAGGCAAACUUGAGCAGACGGUCUCCAUGGCAACCACUACACAGCCCAUGACUCAGCAUCUCCACGUCACCUACAAGAAGGUGAUCCCUUGACCCAGGCUGGAGCUGGCUCAAGUGUGGUCCACACGUUCCUGUAACGGCAUAGAAAACCAAAUAAAAGGCCUUUAUUUUUAUGGCUGAGAAUUUUGAAUAUUA